AUGUGGGUUUCUCAUCCUAGUUGCAAAGACAUUAUCUUGGAAACAUGGAAGUCUAAGGUGAUAGGGUGCCCCAUGUUCAUUCUGCAAAAGAAACUUCAAAUUCUUAAAUCUAAGCUAAAGGAGUGGAAUCAUUCCACCUUUGGUAAUGUUCAUGAUACUGUUAAGGAUACUGAGGACAACUUAAAGAAUAUUCAAGAUCAGAUUGCUGUGAAUGGGAAUUCUGACUCUCUUAAUACCUUAGAAAGGGAAGCUCAAGCUAAGCUUAAUUCGGUCUUACAAAUGGAGGAAGUUUUUUGGAAAGAAAAGGCUAGGCUUGAGGGUGAAUGGGAUAUUUUGACAGACCGGGAGAAAAUUGCAAAUCAUGUGGUUUCAUACUACAAGGAUCUUUUUAACAAAUCUUCUGUUUUGCAGGAGGAUAAUUCCAUUGAAGAGUUUAUACCUUCUCUGAUGUCAGAUGAUACCAACAACGUCCUCACCAUGUUUCCAUCUUAUGAGAAAGUGCAUAAUGUUGUUUUGAGUUUGAAUAUAAAAGACGAUGUUGUUAAAUGCACUUCUGCAGUUUUUUAUAGAGGGAUGGAUUAUGCCAAACUACAAUACAAAUCUCCUUGUUUUGAUUCCCAAAGUGUGCAUGAUAAUGAAAAAAAGCCAAAAGUAAAUGUAAGAAUUCAAGAAGAGUGGACAUCAUCGUCGAUCACCGAUGCAACAUUCUCGAGGGAGAUAAAGGUAUUUGAGCAUUGUUGA